CUCGCGCCUUGGCCGGCCCAAGUUAAAAGUUCCAGGCCGGCGCAGUGGGGGGAAGAGUCUCUCUCUCUCUCUCUGGCCGCGGUCGUCGCCUUUGGGUCCCUUGCUGCAAGCGGUCGGGGACUCUGGCCGAGAGGCGGGGCGGCCCUCCUCCUCCUCCUCCCCCCCACCCCUCCACCCAACGGGAGGAGCCUCUUUCGAACCCGGCUCCCGGGAAAUGCCCCGCAGCCAGCUGGAUGCCCUUCCUUAGGAUCGGGAAGGCUUGAGUGCGCGCGUCCGACGCCUGGCCAGCCUGCUCCGGGGAAGGGACGCCGAUGAUGUACACCAUCACCAAGGGCCCGAGCAAGCUAGCCACGCAGAGGAGGACAGGUCCCACGCAGCAGGUGGAGAGCAAACUGGUCGACCUGAAAUGCCGGCGGCAGCAGCAGCAGCAGCAACAGCAGCCGGAGCUGAGCUCGUGGCCUCCUGCAAGCCCCCUUCCCAAGCUUGUGUUCAACAGGGUCAAUGGAAAAAGACCCCCGUUGAUGAUCUCGCCCCCCACAACCACAGAAGAAAACUACACCAUAGCUCACGAAGAAAAUGUCCGGUUUGUGUACGAAGCUUGGCAACAAGUGGAACAGCAGUUGGACAGUCGACAGCAGGGAGAUGGUGGAUCUGGCCCAAUACAGUACACAGAGAAAACACCCAGCCCUGAGUUGAAAGAUUUUGUUCCCAUUGAUCUCGAAGACUGGUGGGCUCAACAGUUCCUGGCCAAAAUCAAGAAUGGCUCUUAAAGAGAAAGGCGGGAGGGGGACGCUUCACAAGAGAAAUGUUCAAUUUCACUCUUAAGAAAACGCAGACGCCUUGGAGUACAGCCAGGACUGGACAAAUAAAGGGGAAAGAGAGAUGUUGGCUGCUCAGCUGGCCUUGGAAAUGCUGAGAGGUUCCACUGCCCCGGAAGAAGCCUGCAGCAAUUGUGGGAAUGCUGGAGUGCCCAGGGAGGGGUGGAUGAAGGGGGCAUUCUUCUCCUCCCUUGGGCCUGGCACCCAGCACCAAGUCCAUUUUGGCCCCGGAGCCUAGACUGUGUUCACAAUAAACACCGCUGGUCCUGCCAGUGGCACAAA